AUGAAGUUUACAAUGAACCUUAUCGUCACUGCGGUGCUCAUUGCAUCUGCUAUUGCCGCUCCAUUUGUCUCUAACGGCCAACCUUCUGGCGAAAUCUCCUUCUCUUCCCGUUUCGAUGGUCUUUCUUCCAAGUCCCGCUUUUCUGAGGGUCUUCUGAUUCGACUGGAUGACCACCCCAACGAGGAUUACAGCGCAAAUUGGGCCGGUGUCUAUCUCAAUGGGACUGGUUACAAGGCUGCCACAGGCCAAUUCAAAGUUCCAAAGGUCCAGCUUCCACCCUACGCUGACCCCCGCGGCACUUACUGCGCCUCCAUUUGGGUUGGCAUUGACGGUGCCACGUGCACCUCCGCUAUUUUGCAGUCCGGCAUCGACUUCUGCAUCACCAACAAUUCAGUCACUUACGGCAGCUGGUAUGAGUGGUUCCCCGACUACUCUCACCAAUUCACCAACAUUUCACUUGCGGUCGAUGACAUUGUGAAAGUGACCGUUGAAGCCACUUCUCUCAACACUGGAUCCGCCGUGGUUGAGAACCUCUCAAAUGGCGAAACCGUACGCCACGAAUUCUCCGGCAACGAGGGAAACGGUCAACUUUGCGAAUGGAAUGCCGAAUGGAUCGUGGAGGACUUCAUCACUGGUUCCUACUUGGUCCCCUUCGUCAAAUUCGACGAUGUUACUAUCUCAAAUGCGCAAGCUACCACAACUGACGGCAAAAUUGUUGGGCUUCGGGACGCAAUUACCGUCGACAUUAGACAACAGAAGAUCCUGACAUCCUCUUCCCAUACCGACGACAGCCUCACUGUCCAAUACGUUGGAUAA